AUCGUACAAAAAGAUCACAUGGGUGAUACUGAUAAAGGUAAAAAGAUAUUUCAAAGGGCUUGUGCCCAAUGCCAUACAACAGAAAAAGGCAAUAAACACAAAGUGGGGCCAAAUUUAAAUGGAUUGUUUGGAAGGAAAAGUGGUACCACAGCAGGAUUUACUUUUACCGAUGCCAAUAGAAAUAAAGGUGUAGUUUGGGAUGAAAGCAACUUAGAUGUUUACUUAACUGAUCCAAAGAAAUUUAUACCAGGAACGAAGAUGGUGUUUGCAGGUCUUAAAAAGCCAGAAGAUAGGAAAAACUUAAUUGCUUAUUUGAAAGAUGCUACCAAGUGAUUCAAAUGUAUUUACAUAGAUGUAAUCAUUUAAAUAAAUAAUUCAAUG